ACCGCAGGAAGCCCCACGAAAACCCUCGCCACCGCGCGCAGCCUCCACACCGGCGGCGCAGAGCUAGAAGCGAAAGCGACGGAGGUUUUUCUCUCCGGCGAUGGAGCACGUGAACCCUCUCACCGGCUUCCGAGUCGACGGGCGCCGCCCCAACGAGAUGCGGCAGCUCAGGGGCGAGGUCGGCGUCGUCUCCAGGGCCGACGGGUCGGCGCUGUUCGAGAUGGGCAACACCCGGGUCAUCGCCGCCGUCUACGGCCCUCGAGAGAUCCAGAACAGAAGUCAGCAAGUAAACUUGAAAGAGGCCUUGGUGCGUUGUGAAUAUCGAAUGGCAGAAUUCAGCACUGGGGAUCGAAGGAGAAAGCCAAAAGGUGACAGGCGAUCAACAGAAAUUUCACUUGUUAUUAGACAAACAAUGGAGGCAAGCAUAUUAACACAUUUGAUGCCACACUCACAGAUUGAUAUUUUUGUCCAAGUUCUUCAAGCUGAUGGUGGAACAAGGUCAGCAUGCAUCAAUGCUGCAACACUAGCACUUGCAGAUGCUGGGAUUCCAAUGAAAGACAUUGUUACGUCUUGCAGUGCUGGAUAUCUGUGUUCUACUCCUUUGCUUGAUCUGAAUUAUAUAGAAGACAGUGCUGGAGGUCCUGAUGUCACUGUUGGCAUUCUUGCAAAGAUGGACAAAGUGACUCUUCUGCAGAUGGAUGCAAAGUUACCGAUGGACACAUUUGAAACUGUAAUGGAACUUGCAACUGAAGGGUGCAAAGCUAUCGCAACCUACAUACGAGAGGUGCUGUUGGAGAACACGAAACAGCUGGAGUGUCAGCGUGGUUAGUUAAACAUAGGCUGGAGUUUUAAUAGUUAAAUGUAGCAGGCGAUGACAUUGAUUUCUUACGAAGUAAGGCCUGUUCUGCUUUGUGUAUCGGCUGAUAAUUUAUCUGCUUAGCAGAAUCAGUAUCCAACGAUUGGUGUUGAAUCUGACGAAGAUUGCUGGCUUGUCGCCACACUUCGUGUAUCAUGUGAAUCUGUACUGUCUGGAUGAACAACUCUUGUAGCACACAUGAAUGCUGAUGUCUGCUUUAUUGGUUGAACAGAUUAUGUGAAACUUGUAUUGAAGGAGUUUACGAGGAA